AUGUACAAUUUUUUACUACUAAUUAAAUGCUUACUAAUAAUUCACUUGUUUUCUAAAGAAUCCUAUUGUGUUUUAGCUCCUUCUCCUCUUAUUAUUUUUAGAAAUUUAAAUAAAAUUCUAGCUGAUUUCAACACCAACUCAAAACCAUUCUAUCUAAGCAAUUUGAGCCCAUAUAGUUAUCGCAGUAUCGUUAAUUCACUCUUUUCAUGCCAUCCAAACCAUAAAUUAAAUGAUAUAAAACAAUUUAGUGGAGAUUUUAAUCAUAAAUAUUCCUGUAAAUUAAAAAAUUCGUGUAGAUUCUAUAAAUUUUUCAUAUCUCUAUCUACACAUCUGUCCCUCCCAUAUUACGGAUUCGUAGAAUCUUCUCAUAUCCUUAAAAAUGGCAGCUCAAUUGGGAAAUCCGCACAUUUCUCCCUUCCCAGAUUAUCUAGGUCAAUUCCUCAUGAUGAUUUAGAUAAGGACCUUAACAAAAUUUUUGAACCUGAAGAACCAGAAAUAGAACAAGAUACUGAUUCAAAAAAAACUGAACAAAUGCAUAAAGAAGUCAAAAAAGAUUUUAGUUCUGAAAUAAAAACUUAUCCAAAAAAACUCAGCCGAAAACAAUUUAAUAAAGAAGCAAAUAAAAUUUGGAAAAAAUAUAGCCAUAUUUUUAAACCUUUGGAAACCCUUGAAGAGAAGAUGGAAAGAAUUUCUAAAUUACCCAUCACUAAAAUUAAUGUUGAUGGUGUAGAGAUAAAAGUAAGAAUGGGCACUUUGGGACAGCCCUGGUACAUAGAUAAAGAAGAAGCCCUAAAACUCGUAAAUACAUUUGAACCAGGGGUGUUAAAUUAUAUUAUGAAACAUGAAUCUGAUAAAUAUACUCGUUUUCCCUUAAUAAAGGAAGAAAGGGAUAGAAUUUGGAUACCUCUCCCGGGAAUACAAGCAACAUACUUUCCAGAAAUUAAGGUUCUUGACCAUAGAACAGAUAUCCCAGAUUACGAAUAUGUAACGCUUUUGCACGAUACAUUGAGAAACUAUACAUGGACGUACCAACAGUCCACAGAUAAAAGAGCAAAAUCAUUUAAUGGCGAUGGGAAACUUGAUACAUUUGAAAUAGUUAACGAUAAAAUAGUACCUAUUGAGAAAAAAACAAAAGAACCAUAUAAACGAUAUGUACCUCGUGAUUACUUUAGCAUACCAAAGAAUCCUUCUAAAUUCUUUGCCAGAAAAACACUCGACCUUGGAAUCUUCAGACAACCAAAAAUGCAAGAUCUACUUAAUAUUAAGUAUAAGUAUUUACCUAGAGAACCAAAAGAACUUGAAUUAGGAUACAUCAGAGAAUAUCAAAAUUUUUGGAAAACAGUCGAAUAUAGAGAUAAUAAAGAUAAGCCAGGAUUAAGAUAUAAACAACUAGGAAAAACAGAUUUGAAGAUUUCAGAAGUCGGCUUGGGAACAAUGAUGUUUGGAUCAAGAGUCACAGAAUCGGAAGCUCAUGAACUACUUGAUUAUGCAUACGACAAAUUCGGAAUUAAUUUCUUUGAUACUUGUGAACUGUAUCCGGUUCCCUUUUCAUUUGAAACAUAUGGAAACUCGGAAAAGAUUCUAGGAAACUGGAUUAAGAAAAGAGGACAAGAAGUCAGAUCUAAUAUAGUAGUCUCUACCAGAAUAGCAUGUAACAAUGAUAACCUAAAAAUUAUAAGGAAUUCCAAGGACACUAGUUUGUCAAAAUGUAAUAUAAUAAAAGCAGUUGAUUCAUCUUUACAAAGAAUGGGAUUGGAAUAUAUAGAUUUACUUCAGUUCAGUUGGCCUGAACGCUACGUUCCAAUGAAUGAAAACGGGGAUUACGACCAAGUGUUUUUCGACGUAACAAAAAUGGGAAAUUACGAUAAUGAAAGAAUGAAGGAACAAGUCGAAACUAUUGGUUUGCUGAUUAAAGAGGGGAAGAUUAAAGCUUGGGGUCUUUCUAAUGAAACGCCAUGGGGAGUUCUUAAGUUUACACAGCUAUCCAAGGAAUUGGGUGUACCACCGCCUUCAACAAUACAACUCAAUUACAAUUUGUUGACAAGAAAUGAACUUGAAAAGGGAUUUGUUGAAUUGGCAAGACCUCAAAAUACUGGAAUUGGGAUUAUCGCUUACGGACCACUUGCAGGGGGUAUUCUGACCGGGAAAUACCUUGAAUUUGUCGAGUCAACAACUUCCGGAAGAUUACUAAAGUUCCCUUCAUACAUGAAGAGAUAUAGAGGAUCACUUGCAGCCAGAGCGGUGAAGGAGUAUUACGAUGUUGCAAUGGAAUUCAAACUCCCUAACUUAACUGUGAUGUCUUUGAGAUGGGUUUAUUCGAGACCGUUUAUAUUUUCAACAAUAAUCGGAUGUAAUGAUAUGUAUCAAUUGAGGGAGAAUUUAUACUGCCUGGAUCCAGAACUACCAAUCACUGACCUCAUGGAACGCAGAAUCAACCAAAUAUACUGGAAGUGGAGAGAUCCAAUAAGAAUUGUGCAAUAA